GAAAAAACAGGGAGAAGAGAAUUAAUCGGCUAUCAACGACGGCGGCGGCGGAAGUAAUGGCGAACCUAGAACCCGAAGCAGUAGAUUUCGAGCCAGAGGAGGAUGACCUAAUGGACGAAGACGGUGCAGCAGCUGAUCUCUCCCCACGCGCUUCGAAUCCGCGGCUUAGGUCUACUAUCGCCGGAGCAAACGACGACGAUUCAGCUCAGAGGAAGACCAAAGGCCGUGGCUUUCGCGAGGACAAAGAUUCCGAUCGCCAGCGCCGCCUUUCCUCUCGAGAUUUCGAUUCACUCGGUUCCGAUGGUGGUCCUGGUCCUCAGCGAUCCAUAGAGGGGUGGAUUAUUUUGGUCACUGGAGUUCAUGAGGAGGCACAGGAAGAUGAUAUCUCGAAUGCUUUUGGUGAUUUUGGAGAGAUUAAGAGUUUACAUCUCAAUCUCGAUCGCCGUACUGGUUUUGUCAAGGGCUAUGCUUUGAUAGAAUAUGAGAAGAGCGAAGAAGCACAGAAUGCUAUCAAGGCAAUGAAUGGAGCUGAGCUUCUUACACAGAAUGUCAGCGUUGACUGGGCCUUCAGCAAUGGACCCAAUGCUGGAUCUUACAGGAGAAGGAACAUGAGGACUGGGAGGUCACAACGUUCAAGAAGCCCGAGAAGACGUUUCUGAUUGUAUCAUUUGGUUCGAGAGCAUCUCUCUCAGUAUUCAGGAUUCUCUUUCUCUCUUAUCUGUAAGUCGUGAGUGUUUGGACUCUUUUUUCUAGGUUUGGAUGUGUAAUCCUAUGCAUUUGCAUAGAAUUGUGUUUCGUUUGUAAACCCCAUGAGAGAUAUGUUUCAAUGCUUCUGGUUUGUGAGAAGAAAAAACAUUGGUUGAAGAUGAUGCUUUAGUUUUUUUUUAAUUAUCAAUAUUGCC